GGGGGGCGGGCGUGGGGGGGUGGGUGAAGGAAAGCGAAAUGGCUGGAGCCGGAGUGGAAUAGGACCAGCUGAAUGGAGCAGCCCGCUGGAAGGAGACCGGAGGCUGGAUCGCUAAAGCACGUGAACUACGACCUCACCAAGAACUACCUGGACCUGGUGGUGACCUACACGUCUGUCAUCAUGUCGCUGUCGCGUAUUGAGGACCGCAAAGCCCUGAUCAGGAUGUACAACUGUGCCCACGAGAUGAUCCAGGGCAGCAGCGACCCCAGCUACGCCCGGCUGGCCCAGAUGGUGCUGGAGUAUGACACCCCACUCAAGAAACUCACUGAGGAGUUCGGGCCUCACACCAAGGCCAUGACCAGUGCACUUCUGUCUCUCCAUUUCCUCUUUGCCCGGAGGAACCAGUCAGCUGAGCAGUGGCGCAGCGACCAGCUCCUGAGCCUGAUCAGCAACGCGGCCACCAUGCUGAGCCCGGCCAGCUCGGAUGUCGUGAGUCUGGACUUCCGGGGCCUGGGGGCCGUCGGGAGGGGCCCUGAACUCGGCUUCCUCCUGUGCCACGGCUGCCUGAGCUCGAACCCGCAGUGCCUGGAGCUGUGGAAGCUGGGCCUGCAGGGCUCGCUCUACAUCAGCCUCAUCCGCGACGACGCCCUGCAGAUCCACAAGGUCACCGAGGAGUUCUUCAGCAGUCUGAAAGGGUACGGGAAGCGGGUGGCCGAUGUCAAGGAGUGCAAGGAGCACGCUGUGGCGCACAGUGGCCAGUUGCACCGGAACCGGCGGGCUUUCCUACGCAACGCGGUGCGGGAGCUGGAGGCGCUGCUGAGCGACCAGCCCGGGCUGCUGGGCCCCAAGGCUCUCUCCGUCUUCAUGGCGCUCUCCUUGUGCCGCGAUGAGGUGAACUGGCUGGUGCGUCAUGCUGAGCAUGUCACCAAGACCCCUGACGCCGACCGCCAGCAGCGCGUGGCCCAUACCCCAGCACAGGCUUACACCAGUGUGGCCAAGGCCCCCAUGCAGCUGCGCGAGAGCCCGGACGUGGGCCGUGUGAUGAACCUCAUCAUGUUCCACUCCAAGAUGCUGGACUCACUGGAGGAGCUGGUAGUGGAGACUUCGGACCUGUCGGCCUUCUGUUUCUACGUCCGCCCCUUUGAGAAGCUGUUUGCUCUGACCAUGGAGGAGCCGGCCAUGCUGCGCUUCACCAUCGCCUUCCCGCUCGUCUGCAGCCACUUUGCCCACUGCACCCACCCCAUGUGUCCAGAGGAGUAUCCCCACCUGAAGAGCUGCAGCCUGGGUCUAUGCAACAACUUCCUAGAGGAGAUCGCCAAGCAGGCUGCCAACUGCAUCAUGGACACAUGUGCCGAGCAGCGCAAACUCAGUGAGCAGCAAGGCCCGGAACAAGAAGGCCCAGAAGCAGCCCCCCAAGAAGGGGGAGCCGGAGCGGGACAAGCCAGGGGCCGAGAGCCAGAGGAAGGACCGGAUCGUGGUGACCAACUACAACCAGGCUACGCAGGAGAUUGCGCGGCCCUCUGAGGUGCUGGCUGGCCUGCGCUCCUACCUCGCCUUCAUCCAGUCGCUGGGGCAGUUCACGUGCAUGGACUCCAGCCGCAUCAUCUGCAACGUCCUGCUUCAGCAGACCCAACCCCUGGACUCCAGCGGGGAGCAGACCCUCACCACCAUCUACACCAACUGGUGGGUGCCUGGGCUGGGGGCAGCCUGGCCUGGGCCACCGGACAGGAGAGAGCUCUGGGUAUCCCUGGGCCAUGAGGCAGGAGAGCCUGGGAGAUGCCUGGAGGGAUGGGGGAAGUGGGAAGAGCUGACCUAUGAGGAAAGGUUGAAAGUCUUGGGCAUGUCGAGUGUAGAGCAGAGAAGGCCAAGGCGGGACUUGACACCAGUCUUUAGCUACGGUCAGGGCUGUUCCGAAGAAGGCCGAUGCCCAGUUGUUCUCCAUGUGCAUUGAGGGGAGAUGAAGGAAUCCGCUGUUUGCAGCCAGGGAGAUCUCGGUUAGAUAGUGGGAAAAGCUUCCUGGGGUCGCUGGGCUCUGGAGCAGGCUCCGAGGGGGUUGUGGAAUCCCCAUCACUGGAGGUUUGUAGGAACUGGUUGGACAAACCCCUGUCAGGGAGGGUCCAGAUGUCCUGCCUCUGUGCCUGGCCUAUGUGGCCUCUCGCGGUCCCUUCCAGCCCCAUGUUUCUGUGGUUCUGUGCACCUGGGGGGAUUUCAUGGGGCUGGAAAGCGGGUGCUCGGAGAGUGACGGGUGGCCCUGCCCAGCAUGGGGACAGCAAUGGGAGAAACAGUCAGGCCCCUCGAUCUUGCACUUUCUGGGCAAAUAGGGCUGGGGAGGAGAAGGAACAAAAACCUACUUCUAGAGCCAACAAGGGAGCAGGCUGCCCAUGGGAGAGCUUCCCUUAGCCAGUGCCCCUCAAUCCUGACCC